UCCGGAAAACUCCGGUCGACGAAGUUCCGUUCUAUUCGAUCUGCAAGGAGAAUGGAAAGAUUUCCGGCGACCGCUCCGGUCGUCUUCUUCGUCGCGAUCUUCCUAGGGCUCCAGUUCACGGUCUCCUCUGCAUCUCCAGCUGAAAUCAACCACGACUUGACGAAGUCUGCAGCUGCAAGAAAUCUUAAGCAAGAACAAGAGCGUCCUCAUGAAGUACAUUGUUCUAGAGAAAGAAGUCGGGUGGCGCGGCAAAUCAUUGAGGAGUAUUUGAUGCCGUUUGUCAAACGAGAAAACUUUCAGAUGUCAAGUCCGUGUAAGCUUCACCCUGAUAACGACAUGUUCCAAGAUCAAGAGGAGCAUAAAAUUCAUGUCGACAUAAAUGAGUGGCGCUGUGGAUACUGUAAGAAAAGCUUUCGUGCUGAGAGGUUUCUUGAUCAGCAUUUUGAUAACAGGCACCACAACCUUCUGAAUGUCAGUCGUAACAUAUGUUUGGCUGAUCUAUGUGGCGCAUUGCAUUGUGAUUUUGUAAUCAAUUCAAAGUCACAAAAGACUAAGUGCAAUCCUGCUGCCGCCGCCAGGAACCGCCACCUAUGCGAGAGUCUUGCUGAUACCUGUUUUCCUGUAAAUCAAGGUCUUUCGGCAAGCCGACUUCAUGAAUUGUUUCUGCACCAAUUUUGCGAUGCUCACACUUGCUCUGAAAAGAAAAAGCCUUUUCCAAGAGGAGGACUGAAGCUACCUAAUAUACUGUAUCUGGCAACUUCAAUAUUGACGCUGAUGCUCCUUCCUUUUAUCUAUCUCAUUGUAUUUUUACAUCAGAGGUACCAUUUCUCCCCCUCUUUAAUUUUGGUGGACUCAUUUUUGCUUAAAAACAUGAGGCAGCUUGAUAUCCCAACUAAUUGUGGGUUACAAACUCCCGUUUUCCAAUAUAUUUUGGCAAUUUUGCUGGCUGCCUUUCAGUUUUUCAGUUACCAUAUGGGAAUAAGAAUUCUCGUUUCCUGUUUUGUAGGGACAUGACAGGAAAACAAGAACUUAAACGCAUAAAAAAGAGAACAAAGCCUUCUUAAGUGGCGCGAGCUGAAGGUUUUUGGUUUGAUUCGACAGUCAAUUAGGCACACAAUAGCUACAUCAUUAAGAAAGUGAGACGACAUGGCCCAGCCAAGGGUAGAAUAUGGCAGCAUGCAAUUCGAAACUUGGCAGUUGCUUUUGAACCCACUCGAUGAGGUCUAAAUCUUCUUGGGCCAAAAGAAGUAGACUCUCUCCUGUUAACUGGAGUCUGGUUUUUUAUAAAUUCCACAUUUUGGCAGAUAUGCUCAGUGUGGCUUUAUGAUAUCUGUUAUAAUACCUUGUAAAUAUGUAUUGUUUUGCUCGACAGAAUCUGUAUUAGACUAGAUGAAAGCAGUUGUGCAAUUUUCACCCA